AUGGAACGAAUUUUCACUGGCCCCACAAACGCCGACAUCCUGGAUGAAAUCCCGGAGCCCAUCACCAGGCACAUCUACGAGAUGCCCAUUGGUGGGCUUGCUACACUACCGGGGGCAGCAUAUCUUCGCCAAGUACCCAGCUCUCUGUUCCGUGUCUCCAAUCUCACCUUACUUGCAAAGCGCCAUGUCCAAUUCCAUAGGCUUUUGGAAGGUCCCGAAGGCAUCUUCAAUGUCACGAGGCAGAAGGAACUGCAUGAUGUCUACUUGGUUGGUGCUCCAGAGAGGUGGUCUCGUCUCUUGAGAGGCCAAGUCCAUUCUGCAUGGUCUCUCUACUGCGAGGGGCACUUUUACUCUCUUGCAAAGGGAAGUAAGGGUGCGCUCAUCGUAAAAGAAUUUCAAUGCUCAGACCCAGACGAUGUGAAUCAGCGAGCUCUGUCGCCAUUAAUUGCAUACCAUUUGGGAAAGACAGACUAUGCACCAGCCCAGAUUCAUCGCAUUGCCAGAUGGGUUGUCACGAACAUGUGCCAGCUAAGUUUCUCAUCGAAAAAUGAUGGACAUUUUGUCUCAGCGCUGACCCUUCGCAUCAUAUGUACACCCAGAUUAAGUACAGUGCUUUUAGGCAGUCGUUCCCAGAUUUGGGCUCGAGACCAAUGGAUCGCAAGUGCCGGUUCGCAGCUGCCGAUUCCCAGUGGAUUUUAUACCGGGUACAUGAUUGUCGGCCCCAAUGAGAAUGCUCAUGGCGGCUGCGCGAGGCAAGGCCGCAUCUUCGAAGUGGAGACGGCGGCCCGAUGCCUUGCUGGCUGCUGGACGAAAGGGCUUUUGGGUCAGAUCUCCCAAUCACUUCCCAAAGCCCUCGCUACAGUAGCUUUGACCAUGGGAGAGGCGCACGUCAACUAUGGGCCGCCAAAUACAACUAGGGGAUAUCUUGAAGCCCUUGGAGGACCACACGGUAUCAAAACCCUGGACACUAGGCUGGAAAAGAUGGACUUGUUGUCCUAUCUGGACUGGGAAGGAUCUCGUUGGGCAAUUAUUCUAGGCCUUCGUGAAAGUUUGUACAAUGAGAAUUUGGUGGCCUCCGAGUCCCUCGUUGACCCAAUUUGA